CAAUCUUCGGAAUCAGAUGUGAAAUAUCAACAGUUUAACCAAUCAUAUCAUAAACAAGGAUAUUACUCCGCAAAGAAUUCUAGCCCAACCUUGCUUACACAUCUGCAAUUUCGUCAUAGUAAUUCUUCCAUACAUUUCCACUGGUGCCUGAAAUAUAAGGAUCUUGCAUCGAACCGAGUUACCCCUCUUAGAAAUCAAUCAAUCAUUAGCAAGCAACCAAACGCCUCUUUUACAGCCUCACAUUACACUUUACAUCACAUCACAUCACAUCACAUCAUCUCACCUCACUCACAACACCAAACACUACAAAUACUCUUCACAUACCUUUGAAGAGUUCUCAUAUGUCAUUCUUCACAAGAUCUCUUCACAAAUUACCAAAAGUUUCAAAAGCUUCCUCUGCAAAUAAUCUUAUUUUUCAUUCCAUCAAUAAAAGAUCUUUUCAUCAAUCUAUCGCAAAUAUGGGUGUUCACAAUCUUGCAACGUGAGUUAUAUCUCCCUCUUGCCUCGAGGCUGUACUCUUGCUUGGAGGUGUUUCGUAUUCUAGUCAUGGAUAGCUAUAUCGCAUCAAGAUAUCUACACCAUCGAGUUAAAAUACUUUGUCCUCGAUAAUGUGGGUAGGAAGUGGGGGGCUUGAAGAGCUUUUUGAAAGAGAUCCGUGGUGGAAACGCAAACAGAUAAAGCAAAAGCUAACAAAUCAAUAACAGCGCGACUGAAUUCAAGUCUGCUCUUACCGAUAACAACAUUGUCGUUCUCGAUGCUUUCGCAACAUGGUGCGGUCCUUGCAAGGCUAUCGCUCCUAGAGUCGCUAAGUAUGUUAUCCUCUUCUUUCGACACUAUCAUUCUCCACGUUCUACCCACCACGACCGUUCAAUGAAAAGCCGCUCAGGAAUCCCAUCCAUAAUAAAUGCUAACAAUCCCUUCACACAGGUUCUCAGAAGACUACCCCGCCGCCCAUUUCGUCAAAAUUGACGUCGAUGAGCUCCCAGAUGUAGCACAAGAGCUUGGUAUUAGAGCUAUGCCUACCUUUUUGAUCUUCAAGGGAGAGGAGAAGAUCGCAGAGGUUGUAGGUGCCAAUCCUGCUGCUUUGGAACAGGCUAUUCAAAAGGCGCUGGCGGGAGAAGAAUCUACCUAAGUUGGGGAUGAUGUGGGUGGAUGAUUAUUAUUUAGUUAUUGAGCGGAUGUUAUACUCAUGGAUUUUAGGUGGAUGGGGUGGUGGUCUUUUGUUUCAAGGGGGAUUAGGAUGAAUGAUGAAUCGAUGAUUUAUAAACAUUUAUUUUGAGUCUGUGAUGGGAUUGUGAAUCAUGAAUGAAAGUACUCGGAUUUCUGCGUGCUUUCAUUUCACUACUGCGAAUUACGAUAAUAGUCGCCGAGCAGUCCCCGAUUCGUUAACAUCUAUACACACCCAUUCCAAUAUAUUAUACCAAUACAUUUUCCACCGCUAUAAUAUAUCCCCUUUCCUCUCGGAUCUCAAAUUCCACUCCACCUGUCUAUAACACAGACACUCUCUUUUCCCUCUAGAAUCAAAAGAAGAGA